CUUCCCCCUGGGUCGGACGCUGAGCGGAGCUGCGGGCGGGAGGGCUGACGGACCGACUGACGGGAGGGACCGGAGGCGAGCAAGAUGGCGCAGACGCAGGGCACCAGGAGGAAAGUCUGUUACUACUACGACGGGGAUGUUGGAAAUUAUUAUUAUGGACAAGGCCACCCAAUGAAGCCUCACCGAAUCCGCAUGACUCACAAUUUGCUACUUAACUAUGGUCUCUACCGAAAAAUGGAAAUCUAUCGCCCUCAUAAAGCCAAUGCUGAGGAAAUGACCAAGUACCACAGUGAUGACUACAUUAAAUUCUUGCGCUCCAUCCGUCCAGAUAACAUGUCUGAAUACAGCAAGCAGAUGCAGAGAUUCAACGUUGGUGAGGACUGUCCAGUAUUUGAUGGCCUGUUUGAGUUCUGUCAGUUGUCUACUGGUGGCUCUGUGGCAAGUGCUGUGAAACUUAAUAAGCAGCAGACGGACAUCGCUGUGAAUUGGGCUGGGGGCCUGCACCAUGCAAAGAAGUCCGAGGCAUCUGGCUUCUGUUACGUCAAUGAUAUCGUCUUGGCCAUCCUGGAACUGCUAAAGUAUCACCAGAGGGUGCUGUAUAUUGACAUUGAUAUUCACCAUGGCGAUGGCGUGGAAGAGGCCUUCUAUACCACAGACCGGGUCAUGACUGUGUCCUUUCAUAAAUAUGGAGAGUACUUCCCAGGAACUGGGGACCUACGGGAUAUUGGGGCUGGCAAAGGCAAGUAUUAUGCUGUUAACUACCCGCUCCGAGAUGGGAUUGAUGACGAGUCCUAUGAGGCCAUUUUCAAGCCGGUAAUGUCCAAAGUAAUGGAGAUGUUCCAGCCCAGUGCAGUGGUCUUACAGUGUGGCUCAGACUCCCUGUCUGGGGAUCGGUUAGGUUGCUUCAAUUUGACCAUCAAAGGGCAUGCCAAGUGCGUGGAAUUUGUCAAAAGCUUCAACCUGCCUAUGUUGAUGCUGGGAGGAGGUGGUUACACCAUUCGUAAUGUUGCUCGAUGCUGGACAUAUGAAACAGCUGUGGCCCUGGACACAGAGAUCCCUAAUGAGCUUCCAUACAAUGACUACUUUGAAUACUUUGGUCCAGACUUCAAGCUUCACAUCAGCCCCUCCAAUAUGACUAACCAGAAUACUAAUGAAUAUUUGGAGAAGAUCAAACAGCGACUGUUUGAGAACCUCAGGAUGCUGCCCCAUGCGCCAGGGGUUCAGAUGCAGGCAAUUCCUGAGGAUGCCAUCCCAGAGGAAAGUGGCGAUGAGGAUGAAGAAGACCCUGACAAACGCAUCUCCAUCUGUUCCUCUGACAAACGAAUUGCCUGUGAGGAAGAGUUCUCUGACUCUGAUGAGGAAGGAGAGGGUGGCCGAAAGAAUUCUUCCAACUUCAAAAAAGCUAAGAGAGUCAAAACAGAAGAUGAAAAAGAGAAAGAUCCGGAAGAGAAGAAAGAAGUUACAGAAGAGGAGAAAACCAAGGAGGAGAAGCCAGAAGCCAAAGGGGUCAAGGAAGAGGUCAAGUUGGCCUGAGCAGACCUCUCCAACUCUGGCUUCUUGUCAAGUCUCCCACCUUUCUCGAAUACCCCCUCAGAUUUUAUAUUUUCUAUUUCUCUUUGUAUUUAUAUGAAAACUUAUUAAAUAUAAAUAUCCCCAAGGCUAGACAGAAACAAAGAAAUAAGGGUGCGAGCUGGGCAAACUCUUCUAGGCGCUGCUUUGCUAUCCAUCCCUCCCAGUCUUAAUUUCCAACCAUAGAAGUCAAAAUCCUGAAACACCAAGUCCUUGCAUAGUAAGUAGCUUUGGAAAUGUGCCCUUAUGGUGCUUUUUAGAAGGGGUGGCUGAGUGUUUAAGGACCCCCUCCCCCGCCCCCAGUGCUUUUCAAGCCCCGAAGGUAACAUCAGCCGUUUUUUUUAGUUUGGUUCUAUUCCUCAUACCUUCCCACUGGGCUCAAGUGAGCCAAGGAACUCACACUGCCUGCCCUCUGUCUUCUCCCAGUUUUGCAGGUGGAGGUUGGUAGUCUAGUUUCCUUUUUGAGAUACUAUUAUCAUUUUUGUGAGACUUUGUAAUAAAAUGGUACAUUUCUAUA